UGAGUCGUGGUUAGGCUGUGAUAUGACACAUAGAACAUUUCUCACACAAACACAGAAGCUACCAGUCUUCGAUCCGGACAAAAUGGCAAGCAAACUGACUCCAGAGCAGAUCACAGAGUAUAAAGGUGUGUUUGAAAUGUUCGACGAGGAGGGGAAUGGGGAUGUGAAGACACAGGAGCUGGAGAGGCUGAUGAGUUUGAUGGGAAUCAACCCGACAAAGAGGGAGCUGAGUCAAAUGGCCAAAGAUGUGGAUAAAGACGGCAAUGGCACCUUUAACUGUGACAAGUUCCUGGGUCUUAUGGCUCUUUACCACGAGCGAACUAAAAACCAAGAUGCUGAGCUUCGAGCUGCCUUUAAAGUGUUUGAUAAGGAGGCCAAAGGCUACAUUGACUGGAAUACACUCAAGUAUGUGUUGACGAAUUCUGGUGAACCUCUCAAUGAAGAAGAGGCAGAACAGAUGAUGAAGGAGGCUGACAAAGAUGGAGAUGGAACAAUUGAUUAUGAGGAAUUUGUUGCCAUGAUGACUGGGGACUCUUUCAAGAUGACCUGAGACUGAAAUCGGAGAAGCAUAUGGAUGAGCAGUGAAAUGUAAAAGUUGCUCCCUGGAAGAUCUCAACAGUUUGAAUUAAAGGAUUAUAACGACA